AUGGCCACUAAUAUUACAUGGCAUCCAAAUUUAACUUACGAUGAACGUAAAAAUCUAAGAAAACAAGAAGGCUGUACAAUCUGGCUAACUGGGCUAAGUGCCUCAGGUAAGAGUACAAUCGCUUGUGCAUUGGAACAAUUACUUUUAGAAAAGGGAAUUGGUGCCUACAGAUUGGAUGGUGAUAAUAUAAGGUUCGGAUUGAAUAAAGAUUUAGGGUUCAGUGCUGAAGAUCGUAAUGAAAAUAUUAGAAGAGUCAGUGAAGUCUCUAAACUUUUUGCCGAUUCUUGUAUGAUUUCAAUCACAUCAUUCAUUUCACCAUACAUUGAAGAUAGAAGCAGGGCUAGAGAAUUACAUGCCAAAGAUGGAUUGAAAUUUAUUGAGGUCUUCGUUGAUGUGCCAAUUGAAGUGGCAGAACAGAGAGAUCCAAAAGGGUUGUAUAAGAAGGCAAGAGAAGGUGCCAUAAAAGAGUUUACAGGUAUCUCUGCGCCUUAUGAAGCACCUGAAGCACCUGAAUUACAUUUGAGAACAGAUUUGAAAACUGUUGAAGAAUGUACAUUGAUUAUUUAUGAAUAUUUAUUGAGAGAAAAGAUUAUUUGA